CGCAUACGGGUAUAUAUAUAGAAAUGGAUCUACGGCUGAGUGUAUCCGACAAAUUCAAGUUGGCCGCAAAGGCCAUUGGGCAUAAGGUUGUGCAGUACCGACUGAGCACCGGCCGUACCAAAGUGCUGGAAACGAAAUGUGGCAAAGUGAAGGGCAUGGAGCGCAAGACCUUCUAUGAUGGGGAGUCCUACUAUUCCUUUGAGGGCAUACCCUUUGGUCAGCCACCGGUGGGCGAGCUACGUUUCCGGGCGCCACAGCCGGCUAAGCCCUGGCAGGGGGUAAGGGACUGCACCUACGCUCGAGCGCAGCCCAUGCAGAAGAACGUAAUAACGAAUAAGGUCGAGGGAUCUGAGGACUGUUUGUUCCUGAACGUGUACGUGAAGCGUCUGGAGUCACCACGUCCGCUGCCAGUUAUGGUCUGGAUCCAUGGUGGCGGCUUUCAAAUAGGCGGUGCCGUGCGGGACAUCUACGGGCCGGACUACUUCAUGAAGCACGACGUACUGCUGGUCACCUUUAAUUAUCGCGUGGGCGCGCUUGGCUUCCUGAGCCUUAAAGAACGCGAACUGCAGAUACCCGGCAAUGCAGGCCUCAAGGAUCAGGUACUGGCACUGCGCUGGGUUCGCGAACACAUAGCCAGCUUCAAUGGGGAUGCGGACAACAUCACGCUGAUGGGCGAGAGUGCUGGCGGCGUGUCGGUACACAUCCUUAUGCACACGGAACAGACGCGGGGCCUCUUUCAUCGCGCCAUUGUGCAGUCGGCGUCCGCGCUGUGCGAAUGGGCCACCCAGCCGGAUAGCGGCUGGGCCCAGCGGCUGGCCAGUCGCCUUGGCUACAAGGGCGACGCGGACAAUGAGAAGCAGCUGAUGAAGUUUCUUAGAGCAGCAUCUGGUAGCCAGCUGGCGCAGUACUGCAAUGCGAUUGUCACCCAGGAGGAGGAGCGAAAUUACGAGAUAAUUGCCUUCGGGCCAGUCGUGGAGACAUAUGUGGGCGAGGACUGCGUGGUGCCGCGGCCGCAUCUCGAGCAACUGGCCAGCGCGUGGGGCAACGAGCUGCCGCUUAUCAUUGGCGGCACUUCCUUCGAGGGCCUGUUCAGCUACCAGACAACAUUGCAGGAUCCGGAGCACAUGCUCAGUGCCUUCGAGGCUCUCAUACCGCGAACCGUGCGCGAGGCCGUCGACGCCAACGAGCUGGCCGAGCAGCUGCGUCGCCUCAAGCUGGCCUACUUCGAUGAUGCGGACCGUGCCAAAAUGGAGCUGUUCGAGUGCUUGCGCCUGCUGAGCGUGAAGAAUUUCUGGCAUGGCAUUCAUCGUGCGCUGCUCGCCCGGGCUGCCUAUGCGCCAGCCACGCCCACCUACUUGUAUCGCUUCGACAUGGACUCGCCGCACUACAAUCAUUACCGCACCCUGAAGUGCGGUCGACAUGUGCGGGGCGUGUGCCACGCAGAUGACCUCGCCUACAUGUUCCACACGCUGCUGUCCACCAAACUGGACAGAGCCUCGCCCGAGUACCGCACCAUAGAGCGACUCAUCGGCAUGUGGACCUCGUUCGCCACGACUGGCAACCCCAACUGCCCGCAAAUAGAGCCAACCCAGUGGGAGCCCCUGCGACCGGGCGGAUCUGAGCUCUGCCUCAAUAUCAGUGAACAGCUGGAGUUUAUGCCGCUGCCGGAGAGCAAGGAGUUCGUGGUAUGGGACAGCUUCUAUACGAGAGAGAGUUUAUACUAACGAAGCUAAUGAAGCUGAUCGAACUCUCAACUAGUUCACUUUAAGCUUGCUUUAUGUCCUUGUUGUAAAGUCUGUACUAUUUAUUAAUCUCGUCAGGAUGAGCAAGAUGAUUGCGUGUCGUCUCAACGUACAAAAAAAAAUGACCUAAAAGUAUUUCUGCAAUCUGUAGGUAAAAUAUUCCUAUAAGUAUUAUUCUACCAUCUUUUCUCUUACU